CCCUCAAAAUAUAUUUUCCCUAGCCUCUCGCAGCGCGGCCCGCCAGUCCCCCCUCUCUUCAUCUCCAUAUCCCUAUCUCUCUCUGUGGCACCCAGUGACCCGCGCCGUUGGCCAACCCACCGGCCAUCUUCUCCAGUCGAAAAUGGCUGGCCUCUCUCUACGGCGCCAGUCCCCCCUUCUCUCCAUCUCCAUAUCCCUAUCUCUCUCUCUCUCCGGCGCCAAGUGACCCGUGCGAUUGGCCAACCCACUGGCCAUCUUCUCCAGUCGAAACCGGUCGGCCAUCCCCCUCUCCAUCUCCCCGAUCGAUCGACGCGUGCGUGUCCUCUCUCUACGGUGCUCAGAUAGUGCUCUCUCUCUCUGGCUGGCGAUUAUUCCGCCGUUACUGUUCCUGUACUAAAAAAGAGAAAAGAAAAGAAAAAAUCCUUGGCCAUUUUCAACAUGGGUGCAAAAGGCAAAGUGAAGAGUUUGAACAAAGAAAUGAAUGAUGAAGAUGCGAAAGAAGAAACCAAAGGCAGCACGAUCUCGAAAUCUCAGAGUCAAGCAAAAGAGCAUGUGAAGCAACUAGAAAGACUUAAGGAAAAGGAUCCAAAAUUCUACGAGUUUUUGAAAGAGCAUGACAAGGAGCUUCUACAAUUUAAUGAUGAGGAUAUUGGCGAUGAUGUUGAUACCGAUGUGGAAGAUGGAGAUAUACAAGUUGAUAAUGAAACUGGCGGGCAUGAUAUAGCAGAGAAAGAAGAGAAACCCUCAAAAAGUGUUAUAACAACGGCAAUGGUUGAUUCCUGGUGUAGCUCGAUACGAGAAAAUGGGAACUUUAGUGCAGUUCGUUCGCUUAUGAGAGCAUUCAAGACCGCAUGCCACUAUGGUGAUGAUGGUGGGGAUGAUUCUUCAACAAAGUUCAGUAUUAUGUCAAGUAGUGUCUUCAAUAAAAUAAUGUUGUUUGUGUUAAGUGAAAUGGAUACAAUACUUCGGAAAUUGUUGAAGCUCCCUAAUUCUGGCGGAAAGAAAGAGACCAUAGUUAACCUCAUGACCUCAAAACAAUGGAAGAACUACAACCACUUUGUGAAGUCAUAUCUUGGAAAUGCCCUACAUGUUCUGAACCAAAUGACUGAUACAGAAAUGAUAUCAUUUACAUUACGGCGCCUCAAAUAUUCUUCCAUUUUUUUGGCUGCUUUCCCAAGCCUCUUAAGGAAGUAUGUUAAGGUUGCACUUCACUUUUGGGGUACAGGUGGUGGUGCCCUACCUGUUGUCUCCUUUCUAUUUUUAAGGGAUCUAUGCAUCCGGCUUGGAUCUGAUUGCUUAGAUGAAUGCUUUAAAGGGAUAUAUAAAGCCUACGUAUUGAACUGCCAGUUUAUAAAUGCAAUGAAAUUACAACAUAUCCAGUUUCUUGGAAAUUGUGUCAUUGAACUUCUGGGAGUGGAUCUUCCGACUGCAUAUCAACAUGCCUUUGUGUUUAUUCGGCAAUUGGCAAUGAUUUUACGGGAGGCACUUAAUACAAAAACGAAGGAGGCAUUCCGAAAGGUUUAUGAGUGGAAGUUCAUUAAUUGUCUUGAGCUUUGGACUGGAGCUAUCUGUGCAUACAGCUCAGAAGCUGACCUUAGGCCCCUUGCGUAUCCUCUGACCCAAAUAAUUUCUGGGGUAGCCCGGCUUGUUCCAACGGCUAGAUAUUUUCCCCUUAGAUUGAGGUGUGCCAAAAUGCUUAACCGAAUUGCUGCUUCUACUGGUACUUUCAUACCUGUUUCUUUGCUCCUUUUGGACAUGCUGGAGAUGAAAGAAUUAAAUAGACCCGCCACUGGAGGUGUUGGCAAAGCUGUUGAUUUGCGUACUUUACUCAAGGUAAGCAAGCCAACCCUGAAGACAAGGGCAUUUCAGGAGGCAUGUGUUUUUUCUGUGAUUGAGGAGCUAGCUGAACAUUUAGCUCAAUGGAGCUAUUCUGUUGCAUUCUUUGAGUUGUCUGUUAUCCCACUUGACCGAAUGCGUAGGUUUUGCAAAUCUAGCAAAGUUGACAGGUUCCGGAAAGAAAUGAGGCAUCUUAUUCGUCAGAUUGAGGCUAGCUCUGAGUUUACGAACGAAAGGCGUAUGUCAAUAUCUUUUCUUCCAAAUGAUCCGGCAGCAACUUCUUUUCUUGAGGUUUGCGAACAUCUCUUUGACCUUUCUUUAUGCUGAAUUUAGUCAUAUAUAUUCUAUUGAUUGCACUCUGCAAUCAGCCUUUCUUAAGGAUGGCCAGAGUGCUAGAUUUGAAAGUUGCUCUGAAUAUUGAUGACUUGCAAUUCACGCUUUAGUUGAUUGGAUUGUUUAAUUUCAGUGAACAUUGUCACCUUUUUCACUUCAUUAGUUUUAAAAUUGAUUUGGCAAAUAUAUGGUUCGAAGUGCUAGAAAGAACUUGGAAGCUGUUUGAUUGCUUA